AUGCAGGCCCACGAGGACCUUGCGGCUUUAUUCUCCAAGAACUUGACCUUGGAGCCGGCCCAACCGCCCAGGGAGGAGUCUAAAAUUGUCUACGUCUCGCAGCACUAUAACCAUUCAAGCCACCUGGCUCGUCCAUCAGCGGAGCAUUCACAGCUUUCUCCCAGGCCAGCCUCGGAGCCACCACAGCGCGAGCACACCGUCGUGGAGACGGUCUUGCAGAACAAUGGAGUGGACCCUUCUUGCCUAUCGGUCUCCCAGCUGCAGCUCUUCAAGUCCGUCGCCGAGCCCCAGCAACUUCGGUUGAUCGAGCUGUGGCGCAUUUUCCCGCCGACUAACAGCAACGACAACCCGACGCUUGCCUGGAGUUUCACAACCGUCGAACAAGAGGAAUCCCUUGCCCAGAUGCGCUAUGUGCGCAACGAACAAGGGAAGCAGGCGGAACAGAUCAUGAGCCUGGACGGUACCCCACUGACGCCCAUCCAAGCCGGCGAUGGCCGUUGGAUUUCGACUCAAGGCCAGCACGACGUGACGGAGCCAUACAUGGCCACGGGCUACGAGGAGAUGGCGAGACGGGAGUACGAGGAAUCAGCUCGGCGUGCCUAUGCCGCAGCAAUGGAACGCCCGAAGGACGUCUACCAGCAUUUCGGCACCGCCGUGGGAGGCCCGACAUACAGCCACGCCACAGACCCGGUCUAUAAGGCAGCCAACGCAACUGUCGAUUGGAUCCGACAGGCGCAUAUGGAAGACCAGUAUGGGAGGAUGAUGCAGACCCGCGACGAAGAGAUGUUCUGA